AUGCAACGGCGAAUCAGGCAAGUUUUUUGCUCCGUAAAGGAGCAUACUAGUGUGAACUGUGCCAAGAUUGCCACCAUUGGAGGCUUUUGUGAUCUUGAUCAUGUGGUUAUAAAAGCUACAUCUCCUGAAGAUUUACCAUUCAAUGAGAAAUACGUUCAUGAGAUCAUGAAGAUUUUUUCCAUCUCGCCUACUUCUUAUCGGGAAUUUGCUUUGUGCUUUACUCGUCGAUUCAGCAAAACAAAAUGCUGGCGAGUUGCACUGAAGUCCCUGGUUCUACUGCACCGUCUGCUGCGAUCACUGCCUGAAGACAGCCCUUUUCGAGCAGAACUCUUGUGGGCUCGAUCGAACAGAUAUAUAUCUCUUUACCCUUGUGAUUUCCAGGAUUUCUCCUCCUCUGCUGCAGAAGAUUACACCGAUUUUAUACGAUCAUAUGCUCGUCUUCUUGAUGAAGCAAUUGAUUGUUCAGCAAUUGAAAUCACAGAAACAGAUGAAGAUGAUAUGCCAGAUAGCUUUCCUGAUAAAAUGAAAGAACUUGGAAGGAUGAUUGAAGUCCUGACACAACUUCAAAGCCUCAUCGAUCGCGUCAUGGAUUGCCGGCCAACAGGGGCAGCUGCUAAAAACUUCGUUGUUCAAUCCACCAUGAAAAACAUAAUCCGUGAUAGCUUUAUGUGUUACACUACUUUUCGAAAACAGAUCGUUGUGGUCUUAGACAAUCUCAUUCAGUUACCAUAUAGAAGUUGUGCUGAGGCAUUUGACAUCUACAAAAAAGCAGCUAUUCAAGCAGAUGAUCUCAGUGAAUUCUAUAAUUGGAGCAAAUCUAUGGGAUUUUGCGGAGCAUACGAGUUUCCCUUUGUUGAUCGAAUUCCACUGAUUCAGAUUCGAGCUCUAGGAGCUUUCCUUAAUGGCAUGUGGCAGUUAACAGAGUCGUCGUCUUCACCAAUGUCUCAAUUAACCUCAAACGUCCAGUCUCCCUCGACCUCGAGUAUAUCUGACGAUGAAGCUGAUAAACACCCAAUCAAGAUUAAUGAGAUCUCUGCAACGACAAAUAAGCAAGUGAAACUCGAAGAAGAAACAAUGAAGAAGGAAUUGCAGAAAGAUCAGGAGAUAGGACCAUUGAUACAAUUAGAUGUUGAGAACAAUGUCAGUUGGGAAGCCCUUUUGGAAGCUUCACUUCCUUCCUCAUGCAUUGAUUCAAGACGCAAUGUCUUCUUGCCAAAUGGUCCUGGAUAUGGACAACAAUAUGGAAACCUUUCAGCAAACCCGGGGUAUGCAGAUCAGAUGAACGGUUGGCAAAUGCAAGUGUAUAUACCUUGUGUGCUGCCCUCUUCUGCAAAUCCCUUUAUCCAUACCAAUAGCAUGCCUAUCUAUCACGUACCAUUUCCAGCUAAUCCUACAUAUCCAUGGUGA